AUGCGUCCGUGUCUGUUCUCAGUGCCGCCCCCGAAGGCGAUGGUGCACGUGAACCCGGUGCAGGUGAUUGUCGACCCGGUCACCGUUCUCUGGCUGAACGCGUUCGCCUGCAACCUCACCAAGUCGCUGUCGGCCUCGGGCGGCUCUGCGUCGCCGCCCUACCUGGACCUGCGGCUGGAGGCCAUCAUGCCGAGAUUGGUGCUGGAGACGGCGCAGGACUACCCGCUGCAGAGGGACCGGCCCAGCACGCUGCACAUGCAGACCACGCGACUGCUGAUCUGCAACUACCGGUCACCAGAUCCCACCGCGCCGGGGUCUCUGGCCGGUCUGACCACCUGCCUGGAGCGGCUACAGGCGGGCGAGAUGGCUUUCGGUUCAGAGUUCCCGGCGCGAGACUCCGACUUCCAGAUGGUGCCCGACCGGCUGGUGCAGCACACGUUAGGGAAGGACCACGUGCAGCCGUGUCCGGCCGACGUGGUGGCCUCGGUGGCCGACUUCCGCCACGGCCUGCCCUCCGACCUGCUCUGGGAGGAGCCGCGUGACGUUCUCUUCCUGCACAUGGACCCGUUCUGGGCCGACUUUUACGGCACCUCGGCAGUGCGCCACCGGCCUGUGCCGCUGGUGGACGCCAUCCCUGUGUCGGUCUGGGUGUACCAGAACCGUAACAAGGUGGCCAGCGCGCGCGAGGGCCGCGUGGCCGAACAGAGCGCGCUGCUGCACGUGCCGAGCCUGGUGUCGGUGCAGCUGAACCACUUCCAGUACCUGUUCCUGCUGCGCCAGCUGGAGCGGCUGACGGAGAUGUCGGCCUUUCUGACGAUGGACGCCGAGCGGCUGCUGGGCGCCGCCGGCUCCGGCAGCGUCUGCGUCAGCGGCGCCCUGCCGCAGGUCGACGUCAGCCUGCUGAUGCCCUGCCUGCUCUCCAGCAAGGACUCGUCGGGCGGAGACCUGUCCGUGUUCCCCGACUCGUCUAGCGUCACCAGCUUCCAGGAGGCGUCGCUGAUGCAGAUGCGGGUCGACUCGCUGACUGAGGUGACCGGUUCCAUCACCCUCCCGCCCGACGAGCCGCCGCUGUCCGCGCCCUCCCCGGCCGCCGCCGGGGUCCUGGGGACCUCCCCGUCAGCCAACCACACCGGUCACAAUUCACACAACUCGACCAACCACGUACGACCGACGACGGGCACGCCCAACGCCACGCCGCCGCGGAACCGCACCGUGCCGAUGACCCUCAUCAGUCAGGCGAGCGUGGCGGCCGGCAGCUCACCGGUAGGUCAGCUCUCCGAUCUCGGCGCCGGCUUCAGUCAGGUGAAGAAGGGCUUCAACAGCUUCCUCUCGUCCAUCGACUCGGCGCUGAAGAGCCCCGACGAUCAGAGCGACACGAUGUCUGUGAUGUCUGAUAUGAGCUCUGACUCCGAUAGCUACGUGCUGCUCAACUUGGAGAUGGAUCGGGCUGGAUCAGAGUCGGUGGACCCGCUGUUUGUGGUCGAGGGGGCGCUGAAGCGGGUUCCCUCGGUCGAGAUCGCCAGCGAAGUCACCGAGGACACCCAUAGCGAGGUGUCGCUCUCCUCGGCAAUGCGGAAACGGGAUGUGAUCUCGGCUCUGACACUGCGCCUGGGCCGUGUGGAGUUUGUGCAGCAGGGCGCCGGUUUCGAUAGCUCGGUGAAGGUGCUGCUGCGACAUCUGUCUGCCGAACAGUGCGCCGCCAUCGGCUGGGACGAAUUCCAGGCCAAGUUCCAGCUGCGCACCAAGGGCUGGCAGGGACUGGACGUGGCCACCGAGCCGUGUAACAUCCGUAUGAGGAUGGACAGCACGUUUGUACCGGUGGCCGGACAGAGACACCACAAGAUCAACGUCCGGGAACAGGUGAAGAGCGAACUGGAGGUGCGGGCCAGCGACCUGGACCUGGGCCUGAUGAUGAGCACCGUCGCCAACCUGACCGACUUCAUCGAGGACGAGAUCCUGCCGGCUCCGCUGCCUAUGGAGCUGCACCUUGAGCGUCUGAAGGUUCGUCUCACCGAGGACCGGCCCCCGAACAACAUCACCAGCCCGGGCGUGGUGCCGCUCGACCUGUCCAUCCCCUCGCUGAGGGUCACCAGGGACAAGGAGGGCGUGUUCACCGUGCACCAGACCGCGGCGGCGGACCAAUCCGGCAACCCAUGUCGGCCCGGUGACGCCAGCACCUCCGCCUCUCGAGUCGACGUCACCAGCUCGUUCAACAACCCCGGCGGGGGAGGAGGAGGAGGUGGCUGUCCGCCGGCGGUGGUCAGUGAGCUGGCCCGCCUGAGACAGCGCUGUCAGCUGCUGGAGAACCAACUGGAACAGCGGCGGGGCGCCGAGGAGCGGCUACAGUACCUGUCGCUGAUGGAGACCAGGUGUCGGGAGGCAGAGGACGAGGCGCAGGGCCUCCGCGAGGAGAAGGAGUCACUGAUGAAGACACUGCGCUAUCUCCAAGAGGAGUUCCUCCGGCUGGACCGGGCGCAGAACCGGCGCGCCGACCCCAAGUAGCCCCCUCAGCCCCACUCUGCCCCCGGUCCUCCCGCCGGCCAGUCCUCUACCUCUCGGCCAGUCAUGUGAGAGUCAGUCAUGAAGAGAGUCAGUCGCGAAGAGCAGGUGGAGAUGCGGAGACCGCCAGUGCAAUGCUGCGUGUUCAGGUUUAUCAUCUCGCCGUUAAUCUCGCGUUCGUUUUUAUCCCGGGAGCGCGUACUGUGCCCUUGUGAUAUGUUGGGGCGUCGGAUGGUGUGUUCAGGUACCGUUUCAGUGACUAUGUGUGUGUGGGUAGGUAGAAGGACGAGCGCGCGCCCGCUCUGCACGUGCAAUAUGACCCCAGGAUGCCGGGUGAGCUCUGCGAGGACCCGUCUUCCGCCCGGACCCCGGCCGUCUCGGCUGACCGUCUGUAGGAGAUCUGGAGGCCAGUUCUGCCCGCGUGGCGCUCUCAGAGUCGUGGCGUGCUCCGGGCACCGGCCGCCCCCGCCCCCGGCCCCGCCGCUGCCCGGGGCCGCCCGACUCCUGCUCUGUGAUAUUGCUGCGUUUAAGCUGUACUGUCCCCAGGGGCGCAGUAAGCGGUGGAUCUGCCUUGUUGGCGAACAGACCGCUGUUUGGUUGACAACAGCUGACAUGUUGUCAUGGCAACGCUGCCGGUGCGCCUGAGGCGCCCCUAUGCAACAUUGUCUUGUUUCCAUCUCACAGGUUUUCGGUGGCGCCGACCGCCGCGUUAUGCUUGAUUGUCGUACACUGUGCCUGCCAUCAUAUCACGGUAUUGUCUUGUUGUCGUGUGUGCUGCUGUAUUUAUCCAUUAUCGAAUAAAGUGCUUGUGGUCUU